AAUUCCCUCUGCACAAAUUAUAAAAACCAAAGGCACUCUUUUCCCAAAUGGAGAUCAUUUUUACUGAAGUUCUAUUGUUUUCCCCAAAUCUUCUUUAUCUUUAUUUCCCUAUUUUUGUUGUUAAACUUCGUCAAGUCCCUCCUAUGCUACUCGAUCUUAUUUCACGAAUCCUUUUGCUUUUCUCCCGCUAAUCUUGACAUCUCUUUCGUCUUCCACUUAUAAAUAACAACACAAAAAGUGACAUUGAAACCUCGCGAUGGAAGUGGAUUGAAGCUGAAGCGAUCCUAUUGAUUUCCCCAUCUCUACCCCACCAACACAACUCUGGUUUCCUUGUGUUGCUCAACUGAGCAGAUUCUUUUUUCGUUAUUUUUUUAUUUUUUAUUUUUUUCUCUCCCUGGCUUACUGAUUUCAAGGUCAUGUGGCCUAGCAUGGCAGCUGGAAAGAGCCUUAGAAAGAGAAUGAGCAACAAUAUAUAUGCUACACACUCUGAGGAUUUGUCCGAAACAAUGGUGGAAACUCAAAUCUCAAAUCGAGGAUCUUUCAGUCCCAGAAAGUCUUUCAUUGCUCAAGAAACUUUCAAGUGCGAGCUUUACCAAUCAAUUUCUUCCUCUAUGCCCCAAAUCAUAGCUGUUUGUGAGUUCAUGGAACGUUGGAGGCAUCACACCACCAGAUAACCUGAGCCUCGAGGAUUUGCUCGACACACAAAACAGCAUGGCAGAUAUAUACGUUCUUGGGUUCCAAGAAAUUGUGCCCCUCAAUGCAGGAAAUAUUUUGGGCUCGGAAAACAGCAAUAUUUCCAAGACAUGGAAUGCUCUCAUAAAAGAAACUCUCAACAAGAGAAUGGAAAUAGAAGGCAGACUUCAGAAUACAGAAUUUGGAGAGACUCCAAGAGUUCAUCCUAUAAAGAUGCACAACUCUACCAACUCAAGUGCUUCAGAUUUCCAGUGCAUAAUAAGUAAACAACUGGUAGGAAUAUAUAUUACCAUUUGGGUCCGAGCCGAGCUACAUGAGCAUAUCAGUUAUCCAAGUGUUUCCCGUGUAGGUUGCGGUCUCUUAGGACGCCUCGGAAACAAGGGUGCAGUUUCUGUCAGAUUUUGGUUGUGGCAAACAAGCAUCUGCUUUGUGUGUAGUCAUUUAGCUUCAGGCGGAAAAGAAGGCGACGAGAAACAGAGAAAUGCAGAUGCAGCACGAAUAUUGUCACACACAAUCUUCCCUACCAGCCCCCUCCAAAAGUUGCCAAGAAACAUCCUAGACCACGAUCGGGUGAUUUGGCUAGGCGACUUGAACUACAGGAUAAACCUGCCAGAGGCUACAACAAGAAACUUAGUAAAGAACAAGGAGUGGAGCAUUUUAUUACAAAAUGAUCAGCUGAAGACUGAGCUAGCAAAAGACCAUGUCUUUGAGGGUUGGCAUGAGGAGGAAAUCAAGUUUGCUCCCACAUAUAAAUACAAUCAAAAUUCUGAUGAUUAUUAUGGAUGCAAUAAAAGAAUAAAAGAGAAAAAGAGGAGAUCUCCUGCAUGGUGCGAUCGAAUAAUUUGGUUUGGCAACGGAUUGAAGCAAAUUCAAUAUAAUAGAGGAGGGAUGAGACUGUCGGAUCACAGACCUGUCCAAGCUAUUUUCAUGGCAGAGGUCGAUGUCUUGUCUAACAAAUUUGAUGAUUUAUGAAACUAUUUCACAUAAUGCAUUAUUGA